AUGCUUGUCUCUCUGAUCCUUCGAGUCUGCCAGCUUCUAUUCGCUGCUGUUGUUUUGGCAUUGUCUGUCGUCCUCGUUCAUGGCUAUGGCCCAGGUCACGCUCCCUCAUUGCUAGAUUAUGGAGUAUUCUGCGGUGCUGGUGCCCUCAUUUUCGCGGCCGUUGGCGUUUUAGCCCUGUUCUUGGAACCUUUGCAAGGAAUUAUCAUGCUAGCUCUUGAUGGAGUCGCCUCGUUCUUCCUUCUCGCAGGUGCUGCUGCAUUCUCGGCAAAGAUCAGGAGUGGCAGCUGUACGAAUGGCUACUACAUUGCCGAUAUCCUCGGCACCAUUAAUACAAGUCCUUAUAAAUUCUACGCCGGUAAUGGAGACCAACAAAUUGAGAACGCUGCUAAGGAUCUCGAAAAUCGAUGCCGAAUAGCGCAAACCGACGAAGCUUUCCUAUGGAUUGUUGUUAUCUGUUUCAUCGCGACAGCUGUGCUUGGGUUCCUUGGCAAGUCUGGAAAGAGAGGUGCGACGUAUUAG